AUGGACUCCCUUUCUGCCUUUAGCAGCGCUAUAGACCGCGAGCGGCCGUUCAGCGCCAACCCCAAGGUCAUCAGCUCAAGCUCUUCCCGCGUUGGUGUUGAGAGAGAUGGGCCGCGACACGAGCCUCCUGCCCGGCCUCCGAGUGAAAUCCAACCCUCCCCCUCUGUUCCGAGAGCUUUGGAGGGUAUGCUAAGGACCACAACUGAGACUGGCGAUAUUGGCAUAUUCUCUACCAAGCCUUCUCGGUUUCCUCCGCUUAACGGCCCCCGAAGAUCUAGCAACUAUAACGAGAAUGGUCUACAAAAGCCGCAGCGAGCCUUCCAACCAUAUAACGUCCCAUCAGUCGAUCACAGGCGACUUUUGCCCUCAUAUGCCAGAGAUACGGAUGUCGAAAAGCCAUCAAUAUCCCGGACUUCGGCUGCUCCAAAGUCUGGCCGAGUCUUCAGUGAUCCAGAUCAUAGGUCAUAUUCCAUGAUCCAAGCAUCGUGUGACCGAUUGGCCAAUCAUCGAUCAUACACAAGCUUGAGGAGUCAAGUUGAAGCUAGUGACCUUCUUGAGCGGCCUAGAUCUCCCUUUGGCUAUCCGACAGACGUCAGGCGCUCAGCAUUCAACACAUCGUCUCCUACGUCCACAAGUGCCGGUGGAGCAGAUCAUCAUCCACGUGCUGAUGUUGAUAUAAUCCGACAUGAAACUAGUCACAGCACCUCAUCGCCAUCUUCACUUUAUGCCCAGAAGCGAAAGCUACCAGUUGCACUUCCUCCCGAGGCAAAUAGAUCCACGUCAUCUUUUCUUGGUCGAUCAAUCCCUCCCAGACGUUCUUCCAGUCCCUUGGUACAUCGGAGCGAUGGAAACCCUACAAGCUACAACUCUGGCCGAGGCGUCCCAAAUCUCAUGGAUACAUCUCCUACACGAAGUACCUCGAGUCGGGAAUCGACAACCAAUACUUGUCCGGUUAAGUCGCAUCCAUCAAAUGCAACUGCACCCGUGAAGCAUGAGUUGCACCCUCCACGCAAUGAGUACGCAGAAUAUUUUGAUGUGGAAGACUUCCGUCUCCCGGUGUCAAGGGAACCAGCUCCGCAGUUACGAAUGACAGCAUCAAUUCCGGAAGAACAAGCUAUGGUCGCAGAUAGGGCGUCCUCGGUUGCCAUGGAUUUUCCAGAUACAGUCGGUGCUCUUAAUAGCAAUGCUCGCAUAUCAUCGUCAUCGGCCUCGAUACACCGAAACCCGAUUCAAGAUAUCCAAGAUCCUAGAAUUGGCAGCUCUGGAAUCAAAGAUAGCUGGUCAUCCCGGAAGGCAGGCUUUCGUACUCCGUAUCCACUUGACAAACCUUCAUCGAAGAAUUCGGAAAUUCAGGACGGGAAAAGAGCAGCUAGAUUUCCAAUCUCGGAACAUAGAGCCCAAGAAUUGAGUAUCGACGCGCAGGAAGCCUUCAACCAUGGCUCGUUUGGUCCUCUCACACUUCAUAACCCCCAGAGCAGCAAGAUACUAGGAAACGAGCAGAGGGAGUAUAUGUCAAUGCCAAUCAGCCCCAGUAAUAUCCGCCAAGGGACCCGCGAGCAAUCAAUGCCUGGACGUGGACAUGAAUUCUCAUUGCCGCCUUUUUCGGAGGGGAAGAGCGAUCAACAACAUCAGAAGGAUACCCCGGAGAGGUCAUCUUCGCUUCGUUUUGCUUCACACCACCAGAAGAAAUUGAGUUUAAUGGGCCCCAGUCCUGCUGAUUCACAUGUUGCCAACGCAGUUAGGUUAGAAAUGCCCUCAGAGAUCUCAGGCCGAUCAGAAAGUCCUUACGAAACGGAUAAUGCUUUGACGGUCACCCAGGAACGAACUCUAGCGGAUUCUCCUACAAUUCCCGACCACAUCAUGGGACAUCGAGCUCCUCCGCAUUACGGUACCGGCAAUCAUCAGCAUCAAGAGAGUGUUCAAGCGAAUCCGCAAAGGUACCCGGUGGAACAGAUUCACUAUCAACAACGGGGACGCCAACUACAACGUGCGCCAGUCCAAGUAGCAAGCGAUAUGGCAAACUGUGCACGUCAGGUCCCAAGAAAAUCUGUUUCGCGUGAUGGGACUCCGCUGUUGGCACCCAAGGCUGUUUCGCCAGUGAGACAGCUGGAAUUAAAGAACAGCGUUCCGAAUCUGAUGGAAGCUCUUCCACAUAUUCGAUCUGAUCUGCCCGCUACGGAAAAUAUGAUGGCAAACAAAGCAGAGAUAACCUACCACUUCUCUCCAUUGGUUUCCCAAAGCAAAUUAUAUUUGCCAAAAGCUGCGCAGCCGAUGCCCAGCCUAACCAAUACUACCCGGGCAGCGAAUGUGAUGGACAGACAAGAUAUAUCAGAGGUAUCCAAAACCAAGGAACAUUUGUGCCCAGUAGCUCCUGUUGAAGAACGGGCUGUCGAGGAAGCUGUUCCCUCUCUUCCUAGCCACCCGAGACUGAAGCUCAAGAUGCGAAAAUCUACUGUUUUACCCCAAGCAUCCGCUGACAAUUCACAAGCCUGGAACUCCGAAGGAAAUUACCCAGGGUCAGAUCAGCUCACCAUCCUCCAGGCACUUUCACUCCAUGACGAGGAGCCAGGAAGCUCGCAGCCUCCCAAGUUCACGCUAAAGGUUACUCGUGCUUCAAACUCGACCCCUGACACAGUCAGAAUCAAUAGAGAUUGCGGAGCGUCUAGACCCAUGGUAGGUUCACAGCACCCCUCAGAUUUAUUCACAUCUUCUCAUGGAAUCGACCACAUUUUUCGACAAGUUAGCAAACACCUUCAUCCAAGGAAAUCAAGUUUGAGCAAUAGCCACCAAGGCGGGGAAAAUGGCCCAGCUCUAGAUUCCCUAGGUGUCACAGAUGCGACUGACAAACGGAAUCCCAUUUCUCCCCAGAAAACCUCUCCGGUAACCUGCCAGACAAGCCCAAUCGAACUCCGAAGCCACUUCUCGGAUGAUAGCUCAGACGCCCACGGUCAUCACUCGUUGCGGAAAAGAAUUUCGAAUCUUAGAGCCCGACUUGCACUCCCUUAUUCUUCGAAAACUGGAGCACAGUCAUACAAUGACGUGAGUUUGAGGCAGAAAAAUCGCGUGGAAGAUCCUGCUGCUCGAUCUGUCCCAAACCUCCGUAGCAAUGGACAGUCGGGUAACGAGGAAGCACCAUUGCGAGACUCAACAGAACAAGUCCGCUUCCUGAAGUUGAAAGCGAAGUUUUCAAGGUGGCUCAAAGGGGCUCGAUCCGCUAUUAAAGCGCGUAUAAAGUCAUUAGGCUCUAAUGGGGGACGCGGUGAUGGCACAACGUAG